ACAGGUGACCGCUGGGAGGCAGGCCGCCAGCCAGAUGUGGGGCGGAAGGACUGGGGCCUUGCUCCGGUUGUCAAGGCUGUGGCCAACAGGCCUCCUCUGGAGAGGACUGCUAAACUGCAAUGUUGUGUCGCUGGCAGGAAGCAACUCCCCCCGGUGUUGGAACUGCGGCGGCCUAGGGGGCCCCCUGCGAGGAGACCAGUUCUUCUGCCCUCAGUGCCGUGCGCUGCAGCCACCUGACCCCGCUCGAGACUACUUCAGCCUCAUGGACUGCAACCACUCUUUCAGAGUUGACACUUCAAAGCUCCAGCAUAGGUACCAAGAACUACAGCGUCUUGUCCACCCAGAUUUCUUCAGCCAGAGAUCUCAGACUGAAAAGGACUUCUCAGAGAAACAUUCGACCCUCGUAAAUGAUGCCUAUAAGACCCUUCUGGCCCCCCUGAGCAGGGGACUAUACCUUCUAAAGCUCCAUGGAAUAGAGAUUCCUGAAGGGACAGAUCAUGAAAUGGACAGCCAGUUCCUCAUGGAAAUAAUGGAAAUCAAUGAAAAACUUGCAGAGGCUCAAAGUGAAACUGCCAUGAAUGAGAUUGAAUCUGUUGUCCGAGCUAAACAGAAAGAAUUGACUGACAAUGUGAGCAGAGCUUUUGAAAGAGAUGAUUUUGAAAAAGCCAAGGAACUUUUAACAAAGAUGAGAUACUUUUCAAACAUUGAAGAAAAGAUUAAGUUAAAGAAGAUUCCUCUCUAAUGGUUGCUAAUUUUAAAGUUUUAAAAAAUAAAGUUCUUAAUAUAUUUC